AUGAGUAGCACCUACUGUGGCAAUUCCUCAGCAAAGAUGAGUGUCCACGAAGUCUCUGAAUCCUCCCUGUCUCUGGAGCAAAAGACAGGCUUUGCCUUUGUGGGCAUCUUGUGCAUUUUCCUGGGACUUCUCAUCAUCAGAUGCUUCAAGAUUUUGUUAGACCCCUAUAGUAGCAUGCCCUCUUCUACAUGGGAAGAUGAAGUCGAAGAGUUUGAUAAGGGGACCUUUGAGUAUGCACUUGCCUGA